AUGGUGCUGAAACCUAUUUUUCUCAUUAUCAUCAUAUAUCUACAUUCAAUUUCUGCCGUUAAGUGUCCAUCAUGUGUUGAUAUUUUCAUCGAUAUAGCCAACAUAUCUCUUUCUACUGAUAAAUCUUAUUGUGACCUAAUAGUUGAAUCAGCUUCUAUAUGCAAAAGUGAACUGUUUGUUGAAUUGAUUGAUCCGUAUCCAGCUUUUAUUAACUAUAUAACUGCACCAUCAAAUGCUCUCGUUACCGGUAAUGCUGAUAGCGAAUUAGUCACAACCAUAAACAUACCAUUGGACAUUGGAAAUCCUUAUGGGUCAGUUAUCUAUGAUUGUUACGAUGAAGAUCUAUGUAAUGAUAAAAUAGUACAGAAACAAUAUGAAGAAUUAUGUAUAAGGAACUAUACUAAAUUGACAAUUGAAUUGACUGAACUUCUUUACAAUGAUCAAACCAUUUCAAAACGACAGCCAAUUGAAUGUUACAAUCGAAAUAAUAAAAUAGAAAAGUGUUCCGUCGGUAGAAAUUGUCAAGCAAAAUUAAUUAUUGAACAAGGACGAUCCGAUUUACUAAUCACGACUUCUAUUUCUGAUCGACGACCAGGUUCUACAGCUGGUCUUAGUUUUCACUCAAAAUCUGUAGGUAAUGAUUAUAAAAAAACAAUUAUCUCUUAUACUUGUAAUAAAAAUAAAUGCAAUGAUCCAAUUAUAGCUCGUAAAAUUCGUCAAAUUUUCGUGGAAAUUGGUUUGGUUAAUUCAAAAACUAAUAGCUUGAAGUUUCUAUCAAUCAUUCUUUCCAUGACUUGUAUUAUAGUAAAUAUUUGGAUUCGUUGCAUGUCAUACUUAUAA